AUGGCAGCAUCAGUCUUGGGCAAGCGCGCUCGUAACACCACUGAGCCUGAAGGCCUUCCCGUGCGGACGGCGAGCAGACGUCGAACCGCGGCACCUCGUGCUUGCGGCGAGGAUGCGCCUGUUUCAAAACCAAUCCCCCGAACGCGGUCACGCACGAGUAUCGCACGCAAUGCUCCGGACCAAGAAAAUGGCAAUAGUGCCAAACCCUCCGAAAAGGCACUUUCAAAGCACACAAUUCAUGAGGAGCAGGGUGGGUCGCCGUCGAAGAUCAAUUCACAUUUCCGCACCUCAAAGUUUGUUGAGGAAGAGACCCCGGCUCCUGUCGAGUUCAAGACACCCCAAAAAGCGCGCUUUCGCGAUGCUUUGCAGAAUUCACCAUCCACCCCCCGCCAUCGAGUUCAAGUCGGGACGAAGGCUGUCACUCCGAGGACUCCGCGACAUGCUGAUCUUCUACUGACUCCGAGACCAAGCGCGACUCCGACAACUGCACAGACGGUCUACUCUCAAGCCCGACAGUUGUUUGCCAGGGGAUCAAAUGCGGGCCGAUUAGUUGGCAGGGACUCGGAACGGGAAAGGUUGACUGAAUUCAUUCAGGAUCGCGUGGAGGCUCAAAGAGGUGGCUGUCUUUACAUCAGCGGGCCGCCUGGAACAGGCAAGAGUGCCAUGGUCAAUGAGGUGUGCCAGGAGGUCGACUUGUCAAACGUGAAAGUUUCCCAUGUCAAUUGCGUGAGCAUGCGGAACGCUCGUGACGUCUACAGCAAACUUAUUCAGGAUUUCGAUGACGGGGCAGAUGUCUUCAAAAAGAGUGAGGCAGACCGAUUGAAGUCAACAUUCAUGCCAUCGAAGCGCAAUGGCUUGUAUCUGGUCUCGCUCGACGAAAUGGACCAUUUGCUCACGGGCGACUCGGAUGUACUACAAACACUGUUUGAAUGGUCUUUGUCAAGCCAAUCGUCUCUCAUUCUGAUCGGAAUCGCAAAUGCCCUGGAUCUGACCGAUCGAUCUCUGCCCCAGCUAAAGGCGAAGAACCUGCGACCGAUUCUCCUGCCAUUUUUACCCUACAACGCCGCGUCUAUUGCCGACGUUAUAACAAAUCGACUACGCUCGCUGAUGCCUGCCGCUGCAAGAGAGAAUGAUCCGAAAUUCGUCCCUUUCCUGCAGCCGGCCGCUAUCCAGCUCUGCGCCAAAAAGGUCGCAUCACAGACCGGUGAUCUGCGAAAAGCUUUUGAACUCAUCAAAAGGGCCAUUGACACGAUCGAACAAGAGACUCAACAGAAGCUCGCGAAACAAGCUUCCGAGGCAGACAAUUCGAUAUUGGUGGAAAACGCCAAUCUGUCAUCGCCCACCAAGGGAGCGCCUGUCCAGCGGCCAUCUACGAUGUCAAGCUACACAAUUCUCACUGCUCCUCGUGCGAGCAUCGCACAUAUCGCCCGCAUCACAAGCUCGGCGUUUGGCCAGGGUACGGUUCAACGGUUGAAAGGUCUAAAUCUGCAACAGAAAGCGGCUAUUUGUGCUUUGAUUACACUGGAACGUAAACGUCGCGAGGUCGACAUUAUGAGCACGCCCUCCAGGUCUCGAGGCUCUGCUCCUACUGUCAAGCAAGCAUUCGACACAUACUGCGCUCUGUGCCGGAAUGACAAUAUUUUGCAUCCGCUGACAUCGACCGAGUUUAAGGAUGUAUUGAGCAACCUCGAAACCAUGGGUCUGGUGGGCGAAUACCAAGGUCGUGGACAAGGUGGUACCCUGGGCGGCGGGUCUGGCGUCCGUCGUACCCCUUCUAAGUCGGGAAACAUUGUGUCGACACCUCAUCGCGGCAUGGAUGAGCAAGGUCUUGUCUGUUUCGUAUCACAGUCUGAGAUUGAGAGUCAAAUUGCGGGUCCCGGAGAAGGUAUCCUGAGGCGCUUGCUUCGUGGAGAGGGCCUUUGA